UGUUGACAAGGCGGCGUGUUCGUGUGUGUGUCCCAGCUGAUCCGCCCCCGCUUAGCUGAUCCUUGUGUGCGUGUCAAACUUUGCCCGUGUUUGACAAGUAUUCUUUAGCGUACCCUGGAGCCCCCCCUCCCUGCCUGCGUCCGUGCCUGUAUUACGUAACGCACAUCUUCAGCGGCACCAUGCAAGGACUAGGUGGUGUAAUUCUAAAGUGUGGACUCCUUGGCUGGCACAGUGAGCAGGUCAACCAGUCAGCCCUCUAGAGAGAUAAUGUACAUGGUUACUUUAUUCACCUUAUUUAUUUUGUUACUAUAUAGCCAUCUAACUCAGCACAAUCAGUGGAGAGGAUGAUGCCAUGGUUUGUGAGGAAUUAGUUACCCACAAUGGUGCAACACUGCUGUCUGUAUGCAGAGGAAAACAUUUGCAGCAAGCUCGGGUCAGGGGAAGGUGAUAACACCCUCCCCACCAUGUGUUAGGGGUGAGGCAGACCAAGAAACUGCAUUACUGGUCUUCCUGGAUGGACCGUGUCACUGGGCAAAGUUAGGAUGGGUCAGGUUUGGCCCAGUGAAUAGGGAAGGUGAAGGUUAACUUAGUUGUUUUGAGGGUUACUAUCAAGUUUAAGCUACUUUAAAAUCUGUAAACCACAGAGUUGUAGACUAGAGGGUUCAACUCCAAUCUCGCCAUGGUGAGAGGUGAAGCCGUUGCUCCUGCCUGUAACUCUGUGGUCAGCCGCCAUAGGGUGACGGAUAGGCGACCUUUCCAUGAUUCCACUUGUUUACACUUAACAACUAUUAGCUAGCCACCAUUAUGAUAUUUUGGAAAACUGAGCCGAUCAUUGUGUUGAUGAGACAUUCCAGCAUAUCAUGAUCACAAAUUUAUUGCACUUAGGUAUACCUACAAUAAAAUAAUGUGAAAAAAUUAUGGUAGUGUAUAAACAUUUUUGUUCACCUUUUUGCUUCAACUCCUUGUUAUUCAUGUACUUUUUAUUGCAUUAAAUUUUCGUUUACAUUUUCAUUUGAAAUUCAGCACAUUUUUCCGAUUUAGAUGGUAUAUGACAUGUACCAAUAUAACAAUAAUUGGGGGUAAAAAAUGGAGAAGAAAAUAACAAGUCUAUCUAACAGAGGAUCGCCGAGGCGGUGGUAACUUGAUAAUAGCAGUAGCAGACAUAACUAUGUGAUGUUAAAUUUCUCUCUGUCUCGCCAUCCGUCAUCCUAAGCUGGCCGCCAGUUGCUUUUAAAUCCAGGCUCUGGGAACCCUCUAUGUUGGUUCCUUGGUGUGGCCCAGCAUUCCUGCCAUCAGGGACAGUCUCUGAGGCCUUGCUGGUCUCUGCACACACAGCUGCCAGCGAGUGUUGGGCAAGACUCAUGAAGUACACCCGGGACAGUCCUACCAAAUAGGAGGCAUGGACAGUGAUCGGCAGGCUGCCCACCUGAAGCACUUGGUGGAGGAGUUGACGACCUCAGGAAAGGACAGCCUCGAUGAAGAGAAAUUCAAGAAAGUGAAAAAAAUCUGCAAGCAAUCGGACAAUUAUAUCAUAGAACUAUACAGACUCAUCACCAAGCAACUCAGGAAGCAACAUGCAGAGAUACGAUACAGUGCCUUUCAGAUUUGUGACGAGAUAUUUAGAAGAUCUCACAUCUUUCGAGAGUUACUUCUGAAAGACUUUUUGAAGUUCGUGGACCUUGUCUUAGGCCUAGACCCAAAACAGCCCCUUCCAAAGCCUGAUUCUGUGGCCAGGAAGCUCAAGCAGAAGAGUGUUGAGGCCAUUCAGUACUGGCAGGACCAUUUUGGCGAGGGUUAUUUGGCACUGCAGCGAGCUUAUAGAUAUUUAAGGGAUUGCAAGAAAGUUGAUUUUGCUGAACUUACAGCCAGAACUGAGGCAGAGAGGCAGAGAGCAGAGGAGGAAAGACAAAGGGCAGAGGAAAUAAAAAACAAGAAAUGUGAGAAAAUAAAAAAGGACCUUGAAGAAAGUUCCCAGGAAAUACAGGACAGUAUAGUUCAGUUUAAUAAUUGUUUUAAGUUGCUCAUUCCAGAUGUUCACGACUUUUUCAUUCCUCUCAGUGAGGACGCCUCUGAAGGGGGAGGAUUCAUGCUGGACUCUGAAGGUGAUGGUGAGGAUAAGGUGCUGAGUGAUAACAAUGAGGAAACGGAAGAAAACUUUGAAUAUGGUUCUGAAUUGAUGCGCGGCCACGGAAUAAUGAAAGGAGUGAACGUUCAGAUUGACUUAGAGAGUGUUAGAAAGGUGCAGAGAUCUGCAGAUAACGAGAUAGUGAUAGAAAACCUUAAAGAAUAUGUUUCCAUCUUGAGGACAAAGCUGUUGCCUAGGGUUAGGAGGUGGGAGGACAUCAUUAAGCCUUACAGUGAAGGCAACGAAGCGCUAAUUAAAGCAAUCAUUGACCGCAAGGUAGUCAUCCAAAACUGUGUGAAAAAAUUUGAAUCGCUAAACAUUAUCAAGAAAGAAAAACCGAAGGAAAGCACAGCUAAAGAAGAUCUUGAUGAUGAUAGUGAUGAUGAUAAUGACUUCAUUGAGGUAGGUUUUGAGGACCCAAGGGUGGUGAGCGCCACUACCUCUGAGGCUGCUCUGUUGGGGAUGACCAAGGCCUCAUCCAGCACCUCAUCCUCUGCCCAGCCUGACGACCCUGACAACCAACCGUCAUCCUCUGGCUGGUCAGGCUCUUCACAGCAGCCGCCGUGUGCGGGGCGCGGCAGCACAAAAAUUAAGGCAAGCAUCAGGUCGCCCGAUGAGUAUCUUGGUAAGGGAGCCGCCCCACCCAAGCGCCUGCACAACCCCCUUGCAGGACUCAGCCAGGUGUGGACGGCCACGGCUGAUUUACAUGAGCAGGAUGACAUUCAGGCCACAGGAGGCAUUUUGGGGAUUGCCACCCAGAGGGUAAAUUAUGAACGCACUUGGGAACCUGUUAAGUGGGCUUGCCGAGCACCUCUCAAGACAGGGCAGCUGUGUCCACGCCGAGACAGGGAUAAAUGUCCCUUCCACGGCCCCAUCAUUCCUCGUGAUGAGGCAGGCAACCCUCUGCGCCCGGAGGAUGCAGCCAAGGAGAAGGCAGCAAGGGAGCAGUACGAGAGGGACCACCCAGCAUGGCAGGACCCGCAGCUCCUGGCAGAGCUGAAGGCUGCCACCGGUGUGGACCUCAAGGUGGAGAAGGGAAGGCGGAAGCGAAAACGAAAAUAUGAAAAUUUGACAGACUUAAAGAAAACUACACCCAGGGAGAGACUCGCCAAGCAGAUCUUUAGCCACAAAGCAGUGAGGAGGCUGAACGCUGCCCUGGCCAGCGAAACAAAGGCAGCGCCCAACACCUCCACGGACUUCAGGUUUUAGUACAAAUAUAUAAUCAUUUAUCUUGAUCUUGAUGUGUAAUGCGCAGAGCACCUACCAGGUGGAUAACACGCAUAUUUGUGUUGGCUGUUGAGGGGACGGGGGAGCCGAGUGUGCAGGGGAGAGAAGUGAAUCAAGUGUAAUUGUUAGUGUUGGUGUAUUGAGGUGACAAGUGAGUGUGUAUUUGUUUUCUGAAUGAGUCUAUUGUACCGCAGUCUAAAAUCUGUUUAGGGAUUUGUAAAGUAUAUAUACAGGUAGACAGAUACACUGCAUAUAUGAUAGAUAUACAUAUAGUAUAUUCAAAGUUAGCCAGCAGAUGUGUGGUGUGUGUGUGUGUGUGUGUGUGUAAUUCACCUCUUGGUCUGCUGCGGGUCUCUCUCGAGACAGUCAGCUGUUCCCCUACGGAAGAGCACAGAGCUCAUAGUACCGAUCUUUGGGUAGGACUGAGACCACUCACACACAACACACCGCGACAGUGAGGCCACAACUCCUUGCCUGACAUCGCGUACCUACUAACUGCUAGGUGAACAGGGGCUACACGUGAAAGAAGAUAAACCCAACUUACCUUCACCCGGCCGGAGAAUCGAACCCCGGUCCUUCUGGUUGUGAGCCAGAUGCUCUACCCCUGAGCUACCGGCCUGUGUGUGUGUGUGUGUGUGUGUGUGUGUGUGUAUUAUUUUAGUGUUAUCCGUCAGUACUCCAAGCACAAUAUCUUACUCCCUUUGAUAUAUGAACAGAUCAAAUUAAAAUGGUCUUGUAAUUUU